GCUGUGGGGCCUGCAGGGCUUGGAGGGCCACGCCCAGGCCCUCUGGGAGCCCCACGGCCGGGAGUGAGAGAGGGUGCUCCCCAGGGGAACGCUGAGGCGCUGCCUUCCUGAAAAGGAAUGGGUGUGGGCUGGACGGAGCCAUGUGUGUCCCCUGCCCCACCAUGGGAGAGACGCCCGGAGAGCAACCCCAGACGUCAGGAGAGGGUGGAGAGCGCCACAGUCCGGUGGCGACGGCACAGGCUCUGGAGUCGGGCGCUGCGAGUGGGGCUCGGCCGUUCCCUGGCCGCCACACGCCGGGGCCUCGGCCCUCCCAGCCGUCGGGGGACAGUGCACCCAGUCUGCACGCCCAGUGCGCAGGGCAGCGUGGACAGGGCUGAGGGAAGGGCUGAGGGCCCACAAGAGUCACGGCCACACUGCCGGAUGCAGACUGUCUGGACAAAGAGCUUCUGCUUCCUCCCACAGUCCCCACUCCCUGCCCCCUUGCCCUCAAAUCCCAGCCCCUAGACUUCAGCCAGGCUGUCAGUCUUCCUGUUGCCUUGGGCCGCUGCCAGGCCGGAUCCCCGCAGGACACAGGCCGAGCUGAGGAGGAAGAGGAGGAGGAGGAGGAGGAGGGGUCCCAGGGAGUAUUUUCAGCAGCCAACCCCAGGAGAAAUCUACGUCAGCUGGUUUCUAGAAAUCGAAACCAGACUCAGUUUUCUGCAGCAUUUCCUGGGAUCUGUCUGGUCACACCCCACUUGGGGAGGGUUUCCUGGGUUGAGAGACUGGUCCACAGAGCGCCCCUGUGCAGGAAGGUAGGACCUGCAGGACAGCCAUCGACAGCGGCCUCCCUCAGGACCGGAGCUUCCAGGCAAGGCCAUGGCCCUCCCACGGCUCUUCUGGAUGUGGCUGCUGGUCGUAGGGGCUCAAGGCGAGAGCGACGGCGACAUGCGGCUGGCGGACGGGGGCGCCGCCAACCAGGGCCGCGUGGAGAUCUUCUACAGAGGCCAGUGGGGCACCGUGUGUGACAACCUGUGGGACCUGACCGACGCCGGCGUCGUGUGCCGGGCCCUGGGCUUCGAGAACGCCACCGAGGCUCUGGGCAGAGCUGCCUUCGGGCAAGGAAGGGGCCCGGUCAUGCUGGACGAGGUCGAGUGCACGGGGAACGAGCCCUCGCUGGCCGACUGCAGGUCCCUGGGCUGGCUGAAGAGCAACUGCAGGCACGAGAGGGACGCUGGCGUGGUCUGCACCAACGAAACCAGACGCAGCCACACCCUCGACCUCUCCGGGGAGCUCUCCGAUGCGCUCGGCCAGAUCUUCGACAGCCAGCUCGGCUGCGACCUGUCCCUCCAGGUGCAGGUGCAGGAGGAGGAGGAGGUGCUGGACCUCUGUGCCCACACCCUGAUCCUGACCUCCAACCCCGAGGCCCAGGCCCUGUGGCGGGAGCCGGGCAGCAACGUCAGCAUGAGCGUGGACGCCGAGUGCAUGACCGUGGUCAGAGACUUCCUCAGGUACUUCUACUCCCGCAGGAUCGACAUCUCCCCGUCGUCGGUCAAGUGCUUCCACAAGCUGGCGUCCGCCUACGGGGCCACGCAGCUGCAGGAGUUCUGCGCCGGCCUCUUCGCCAGCCUCCUGCCCCAGGACCCCUCUUUCCGGACGCCCCUGGACCUCUACGCCUACGCACUGGCCACCGGGGACCCCCGGCUGGAGGAGCUCUGCGUGCGGUUCCUGUCCUGGAACUUCGAGGCCCUGACGCAGGCCGAGGCCUGGCCCAGCGUCCCCACAGCCCUGCUGCAGGUGCUGCUCCCCAAGAGCGAGCUGGCCGUGCCCAGCGAGCUGGCCCUGCUGAAGGCCCUGGACGUCUGGAGCUGGGAGCAGCGCGCCUCCCGCGGGGAGGUGGAGGGCUUGCUGGAGAUGGUCCGCUUCCCGAUGGUGCCGCCCGAGGACCUCUUUGAGCUGCAGUUCAACCUGUCCCUGUACGGCGCUCACGAGGCCCUGUUCCGGAGGAAGACCCUGCAGGCCCUCGAGUUCCACACCGUGCCCUUCCCGCUGCUGGCCCGGUACCAAGGCCUGAACCUCUCCGAGGACGCGUACAAGCCCCGCAUUUACACCUCGCCCACCUGGAGCGCCUCCGUGACGGCCAAUUCCCGGAAUGUGCAGCGGUCGCAGCGUGUCACUCCGUUCGGUUACUCCUACGGUCACAGCCGAGGCUCCUCCAGCUACAGGUAUUACCCCUACCAGUCCUUCCAGACGCCACCGCACCCCAGCUUCCUGUUCCAGGCCAAGAGCGUGUCCUGGUCCCUGGCCUACCUCCCCACCGUGCAGAGCUGCUGGAACUACGGCUUCUCCUGCUCCUCGGACGAGCUCCCCGCGCUGGGCCUCUCCAAGUCCGGCUACUCGGACCCCACCAUCGGCUACGGAAACAAAGCCCUGAUGCUCUGCGAAGGGCGCUUCGUGGCGGACGUGUCCGAUUUCGAGGGCCCCAAGGCCACAAUCCCCAGCGCCCUGGACAACAACGGUUCCAGGAGCGCUUCCCUCUUCCCCUGCCCGACGGGGUCCUUCAGCAGCUUCCGGGCGGUCAUCCGUCCCUUCUACCUGACCAACUCCACAGGCGCAGACAACACACGUGACAACACGGCGUGGUAGGCGCUCGGCCAGGCACACCCCGGGGGGCCGUGCGGAGGGCCGCCCCUCCCUGCCUCCUUCCUCUCUGCAGCCGCCUUCGCCGACCAGCCACCAGAUGUCCCCCUGCUCCCCUGAUCUCCCUGAGCUGAAAGAAAUUACUGGAAGGUUUCACUAGCGUUCUGCACUAGCUCCUAGCUCUCCCCCUGCCCGCUGGUGUCCAGGUCGGGAGGCAACAGGGCUGGCGCCAGGCCACUGCGGGCCUCCGCCAGCCCUUCCAGCCCCCAGCCUCCACCGUCGCCGGCCUGAGGUCAUUAAAAUCCCACUGCAACUCCCA